AUGAUGUGUUUAAAGAUUCUGAGAAUGAGCCUGGUGAUCCUGGCUGGGUGGGCAUUCAAUACUGCUGACUCUGAACUGGGCUGGACACACAAGAAAUCCUUGACCCAGAGGGCAUACCUAAAUCAGGUGCUGUUGGAAGGAGAACGCUGUUGGCUGGGAGCCAAAGUUCGAAGACCCAGAGCUGCUCCCCAGCAUCACCUCUUUGGGGUCUAUCCCAGCAGACCUGGAAACUACCUGAGGCCCUAUUCUGUGAGAGAGCAGGAAACCUAUCAUGCUGGACACAGUAAAUCAGAUACCAAGGGACAGUCUAUGAGCCUUGUUCCCCAAGACCUUACUGAAAAGCCAGCAGGAGUGAGGAGGGAGGCAGAGCAGCCAGCUGCCCCAUGGGUAGGGGAUGGUCCUAUUGGGCAAUCUGAGCUGCUGAGAGAUGAUGACACUUAUCUUGGCAACCGAGGAUCCAAGGCGUCUCUAGGUGAGGCAGCAACUCCGGGAAGCUUAGCUACUGCUGCCUCCAUUGCCACUACCUUCGCACACCUGGAGGAUCCCAGAGCAGAGACUCAAAGGAAGGGCUGGGCCAAGUCCAGGCAUCCUCACCAAGUGGUAAAGAGGCAGGCAGAAGAUGUGCCUGGAGACCCCCACGUCUCUCCAUCACGUUUUCAACCUUGGCCUAAGCACCCCCUUAAACACGGGGUUAGAAACAGUCCAAUGGAGGACAGCAUCCAAAAUGGUGGAGGGGUCCCCAACUGGGAAGCAGAGACCUUUAACCCCCAAGGAGGAUUGCCUGUCUUGUACUUCUCUGGGAGGCGGGAGCGGUUGCUGCUGCGUCCAGAAGUGCUGGCUGAGAUUCCCCGGGAGGCGUUCACAGUGGAAGCAUGGGUGAGGCCAGAGGGAGGCCAGAACAACCCAGCCAUCAUUGCAGGUAUGUUUGAUAAUUGCUCCCACACAGUCAAUGACAAGGGCUGGGCCCUGGGGAUCCGCUCACGGAAGGACAAGGGAAGGCGAGAUGCUCGCUUCUUCUUCUCCCUCCGCACCGACCGUGUGAAGAAAGCCACCAUUGUGACUGGCCACAGUCGCUACCAGCCAGGCAUGUGGACACAUGUGGCAGCCACUUACGAUGGACGGCACAUGGCCCUGUAUGUGGAUGGCACUCAGGUGGCUAGUAGUCCAGACCAGUCUGGUCCCCUGAACAGCCUCUUCAUGGCAUCUUGCCGGUCUUUACUCCUGGGUGGGGACAGCUCUGAGAAUGGGCACUAUUUUCGUGGACACCUGGGUACACUGGUUCUUUGGUCAACUGCCCUUUCACAAAGUCAUCUCCAGCACAGUCCUCAGCAUUCAAGUGGGGCAGAGGAGUUGACCACCGUGGUCCUGACAGCUACUUUUGAUCCUCUAAAGGAACAGUGGGCCCCCUUUAGAGAUGAGAAAUACCCUUGGCUUGAGGUUCUUCAAGGCUCUGAACCACAGCCUGAGAUUAUGUCACCUUUGCAGCCCCCGCUUUGUGGGCAAACAGCUUGUGACAACGUGGAACUGAUCUCCCAGUACAAUGGGCACUGGCCCCUUCGAGGGGAGAAAGUGAUCCGCUACCAAGUGGUGAACAUCUGUGAUGAUGAGGGUCUGCACUCCAUUGUGAGCGAUGAGCAGAUCCACAGGCAGCACGAAGCACUGAAUGAGGCUUUCGGUCGCUACAACAUCAGCUGGCAGCUAAAUGUCCACCAGGUCCACAACUCCACCUUGCGCCACCGGGUUGUACUUGUGAACUGUGAGCCCAGCAAGAUUGGCAAUGAUCACUGUGACCCUGAGUGUGAGCACCCACUCACGGGCUAUGAUGGGGGUGACUGCCGCCUGCAGGGCCGCUGCUACUCCUGGAACCGCAGGGAUGGGCUCUGUCACACUGAGUGCAAUAACAUGCUGAAUGACUUUGAUGGGGACUGCUGUGACCCUGAGGUGACUGAUGUGCGCAAGACCUGCUUUGACCCUGAUUCACCCAAGAGGGCAUACAUGAGUGUGAAGGAACUAAAGGAGGCCCUGCAGCUCAACAGUACUCAUUUCCUCAACGUCUACUUUGCCAGCUCAGUGCGGGAAGACCUUGCAGGUGCUGCUACCUGGCCUUGGGACAAAGAAGCUGUCAGUCACCUGGGUGGUGUUGUCCUCAACCCAGCCUAUUAUGGCAUGCCUGGCCACACCAAUAUCAUGAUCCAUGAAGUGGGACAUGUUCUGGGACUCUACCAUGUCUUCAAAGGGGUCAGUGAAAGAGAAUCCUGUGAUGACCCCUGUAGAGAGACAGUGCCUUCCAUGGAGACAGGAGACCUCUGUGCUGACACUGCCCCCACACCCAAGAGUAAACUGUGCCAGGACCCAGAGUCUGCCAAUGACACCUGUGGCCUCACCCACUUCCCAGGAGCUCCAUUCAGCAACUACAUGAGCUACACAGAUGAUGACUGCACUGACAGCUUCACCCCUAACCAAGUGGCUCGAAUGCAUUGCUAUUUGGACCUUGUAUAUCAGCAAUGGAGUCAAAGCAGAAAGCCCACCCCCAUUCCCAUCUCACCAGUGGUCAUUGGGCAGACCCACAAGUCCCUCACUAUUCAUUGGCUGCCUCCUAUUAGUGGAGUUGUAUUUGACAGGGCACCAGGCAGCAUGUGUAGUGCCUGCACUGAAGAUGGGACAUUCCGUCAGUAUGUGCACAAGGCUUCUUCCCGGAGAGUGUGUGACUCUUCAGGUUACUGGACCCCAGAGGAGGCUGUGGGGCCUCCUGAUGUGGAUCAGCCUUGUGAGCCCAGCUUGCAGGCCUGGAGUCCCGAGCUCCACCUGUAUCACAUGAAUAUGACUGUGCCCUGUCCCACAGAAGGCUGUAGCCUGGAGUUGCUCUUUCAACACCCGGUCCAAGCUGACACCCUCACCCUCUGGGUCACUUACCUCUCCAUGGACUCCUCCCAGGCACUCUUUGACACAGAGAUCUUGCUAGAACAUCAGGAGUCUGUGCACUUGGGCCCCUUAAACACUUUCUGUGACACACCACUCACUAUCAAACUGCACGUGGAUGGGAAGGUCUCAGGAGUGAAAGUCUACACCUUUGAUGAACGGAUGGAGAUUGACGCCGCCCUCCUGACUUCUCAACCCCAUAGUCCCUUGUGCUCUGGCUGCAGGGCCGUGAGGUACCAGGUUGUCCGGGAGCCACCCUUUGCCAGUGGCUUGCCAGUGGUGGUGACACACCCUCACAGGAAGUUCACAGACAUGGAGGUCACAUCUGGGCAGAUGUAUCAGUAUCAAGUGCAAGCUGAGGCUGGAGGAGAACUGGGAGAAGCUUCACCUCCACUGAGCCAUAUCCAUGGAGGUCCUUACUGUGGAGAUGGGAAGGUGGCAGGGAGCCUGGGAGAAGAGUGUGACGAUGGAGACCUGUUGAAUGGAGAUGGAUGCUCAAGAGCCUGUCAAGUAGAGGAAGGUUUUCACUGUGUAGGGGAGCCAAGCCUUUGCUACAGGUAUGAGGGAGAUGGGAUCUGUGAACCUUUUGAAAAGGAAGCUAGCAUCAUAGACUGUGGCCUCCACGCUCCUGAAGGAUACUUGGAUCAGUGGGCUGCCCAGGCUUACUCCUCUCAUGAGGACAAGAAGAAGUGCCCUGUUUCCUUGGUAAUAGGAGAACCUCAUUCCAUGAUUUGUACUUCCUACCAUCCAGAUUUACUGAAGAACCAUCUUCUGGCUGGCUGGUUUCCCUGUGUUGCAAGUGGAAAAAGAUUCCAUGAUAAUGGCAAGGAGCAGCCAGAAGAUAGCUUGGAAAAGGAUGAAGAGGUUUGGCUUGAA